AUGGAACCGCCCGUAAAGAAAUUGAAAACUCCAAAGUUUGUUUGGUUUAUCGUAUGUGAUGAACUCUGUGAAAGGUUCAACUACUAUGGACUUAGAACUAUCCUAAUGUUAUACUUGACAUCGAUAUUAAAUUAUUCCGACGAUGUGUCGACAAUGAUCUAUCAUGGCUUUAUAUUUUUAUCGUAUUUUAUGCCAUUGUUCGGUGCUAUAUUGGCUGACUCUUACUGGGGAAAAUUCAAAACUAUAAUACGACUAUCAAUAGUUUAUGCACUUGGAAAUGUCAUCCUCACUGGAGCUUCGAUGGCCAACGAUUUCACUCUCGAUAGUCAAAGAUUCAUUGCCAUCGUCGGCUUACUAUGUAUUGCGUUGGGAACAGGUGGCAUAAAACCGUGCGUUUGCACGUUCGGCGGCGAUCAAUUCCAAUUACCGGAGCAACAAGAUCAACUUGCCCAAUUUUUCAGCAGAUUCAUAACAGCCAUUUACAUCGGAUCAUUGAUAUCUACGUUCUUAGCACCUGAGCUACGGAAAAGCGCACAGUGCUUUGGUAGGGAUACGUGUUUUCCGCUGGCGUUCGGCGUACUAUCACUGCUCAUGAUAAUGGCAAUAGUUGUUUUUAUACUCGGAAGAAAUAUGUACAUGAAAAGGAAACCGGAGAAUCAUGUGAUCUUCAAAACCUUCGGGUGCAUAUUUUACGGUAUUCGCAAAAAUAUAGUUUCGUCGUCUCCUAACGAAGCCCAUUGGCUAGAUCUCGCUGGCAACAAGUACUCGAAAACCGAGGUAUCCGACACGACGGCGCUGGAAGUGUUAUACAUAUUCAUCGCUUAUCCGGUAUUUUGGGCGCUCUACGAACAACAGGGUUCGCGGUGGACGUUGCAAGCGACGUUGAUGAACGGUAAGUUAGAAAACAUCGGUUGGGAAAUCAAACCCGACCAGAUGCAAACCAUCCAUCCUUUGUUCGCACUUUUGUUGAACUUGUUGUUCGAUCGCGUCCUGUACCCGUUCCUGGCGAAAUUCGGAAUCCGGCAGCCGCUGCAAAAGCUCAUAUUCAGCAAUUUCAUGGCGGUGCUCGCCUUUCUGCUCGCCGCCGUUCUUCAGUAUAAAAUAUUCGGCAACAGCACUGUUAUACCAAAUACCGAAGGACAGUUUGUAGUGUAUAACGGCUUCAAUUGUAACGCUCGUGUGUUAAACCCGUCAUUGUGGGUGGGCAACAACAAUAUCGAUCCACUGGGCUCGGCUAAAUUCAUGUAUAUGCCGAAUUUCGACGAGGAUGUCGUGAACAUUAAGCUGAAAUUGGACGAAUCGUGUAAUUCGUACUUAAACUAUGACAAUAUGAACAUUAACGUAACUGUAUCCAAAGGAGAGUCAAUCUCGUAUUUCUUAACGUCCACUGCGAAUAAAGAAGUUAAAUUACGUCGUAUUAAUCAUUACGACGAUUUCAUAAAACCUAAAAAUGGCCAUCCUAAUUUAAGGAUCAUAACCGACGAUGAUAUCAAUAAAAACGAAUCUCUUGCUCUCGUGGCCGCCGGGAAAAAUCACUUAUCGUACAACAUUUCUUCGUUUUCAAAUGAAAAUUUCAUUCAGGUGGCUUUUGGAAACUAUAAUGUUGUACACGGCGAGGAAGUGAUCUCGAAUAUAAAUCUCAUGCCAGCGACGAUAUAUACACUCGUCGUACGUAACGACGAUAGUCACGGCCCGGAAUCGAAAUUGUACGCUACAGACGAGGGCAACUACUUGCACAUUUUAUGGCAGACGCCGCAAUACGCGUGUAUGAUCAUCGCAGAUGUGAUUUUCAUUGCCACGACGAUUGAAUUUUCGUUUACUGAAGCUCCGCCCAGGAUAAAAUCGUUCAUAUCGGCAUGUUACUCGAUGACUCAAUCGAUCGGAAAUCUAGUAGUCGUCGUUGUUUCGGCUUUGUCAUUUCGCAAACAAGUACACGAAUAUCUAUUUUUCUCCGGUCUCAUGCUGGCGGACACAUUGUUAUUGGUUUAUUUGAGUUAUAGUUACAAAUACAAAUCGUUUAGACAACGACUAAACGACGACAGCAACGAAAAUACCGUGACAAAUCAAAAUGAAGUUCAACUCGAUGAGAAAUAAUCAUUAAAUGCUCUCUUUAUAUAUAUGCUGGCUAUUCGCAUAUAAGGUUUGAUUUAAUUUGUUCUCAUCAACAACUUUGUAUCUAUUUAUUAUUGUAAUAGUUGUUUAUUUCAAUAUAUUAAUAUUAUUGCCGAUUAAUUUAAUGAGAUAUUAUACUAAUAUUACAAAUGAUCAUAACUUAAAUUAUAAUUAUCAUACGCCGUUAUACUGCAUGUGGUUUGUUCAUUAAAUUGUUAAUUAACUGUUAAAUCAAUCUCAUAAACUAGAAAAGUAAUAUUCUUACUAUUCAAUAUUCCAAAUAACUUGUCUGUGAUAUUAUGAAUACCUGUAGUAAGUAAACUCAUCUGUUUAAGAUAAUAAUGAAAUUAAAUUAAAUAUUACGAAGCUA